UGCAUGCUUUUCUCUUCCUUUCUUUCGUGAUCGCCUGUAUCUCAGGUGUUUUGGACCAAAUUUUCGAGCGAUUACGACCAAAAACAGACCUAGUACCGAUUCCGCGCCUCACGUCACCAGGAAGUCUUAAACUGAGUGUUUGGAAGACGUCAAAGGGCCUGACGACAGACCAACAGCGAGCAAACCUUGCCAGCCGCUCAAUGACUCACAAUCCACGACCGAGGCUACUUGCUCCUCUUUGGCUCUGAGGCCUACCGUCCUCUUACAAACUCUACUCUUUGACUCAAAUCCGACACGAUGCCUAUUGGAGAUCUCCUCGCCCAGAUCAGUGGCGGUGACGAGGGGUCAGCCCCAUCCACCACGCCGAGCCUACCUCGUUCGAACACGUUACCCAAAAGGAAAGCAGACGAUGAUCCCCGAUCGAGUAUCUCGAAGGCGCCUCGAGUCACGACAUUGUCUGGUACCAUAGCACCACGAAUAACACAAUCUCCCACCACAUCCUCCAGACCAACCCUCCCAUCAAGGCCCUCCGAUAGAUCGACUCCAUCGCAGCGACCUUCAAAUUCGACGACUGGUGCUACUAAACCUAACGUCUUGUCCUCCAGACCCAUGAAUGGAAGUUACAGAGUAUCUAAGCCUGCUGCCCCCAGCAGACCAUCCCCCGGACCGUCGAGUGCACCCCCUGCGGCUCGCGGUGCUCCACCAAAGAAAGGUUCAUUUGCCGAGAUUCUUGCUCGAGCUCAGAAGGCUCAGCAGUCGAUGGGCCAGGUUGGCAAGAUUCAGCACAAGAAGGUCGAGGGUGGAAACCUGAAGAAGGUCAAGGAUGAGCCACCUGCAAAGGCAGACCCUCGGGCCACCAAAAACAUGAAGCAGCGCCCAGGUGCUGCUGCCGCUGCCCCUUCUGGCUAUGCUGGUACAGCAAAACCAGGUCAACGGAACGGGACACCUGUUUCCGGCACUGGAAGGGACCCACGCGGCAGACCGAUGCCUCCAGCAAAACAAGAGCGAGGUAGGGUGGCCGGCGCGAAGGGUCCUGGAGGUAGAUCUGCACCAACUGAAGAAGAACCCAAGAAGGUGAAGAAGGCGGCUGCGGCCACGACCGGCUAUACUGGCACUGCCAGACCCCGACCAGGUGGUAAUCCCGCCAAAAAGAAGGAGACACCUCGUGGCGGAGCAUUACUCAGUGCACCACGAGCUCCUCGUCCCUCGCAUUCAAAGUCACGCUUCGAGGACGACUAUGAUGAGGACAUGGAUGACUUUAUUGACUAUGAUGAUGAAGAUGACCAAAGUGGCCCACGAUAUGAUUAUGCGUCCGAUGCGUCUUCAGACAUGGAGGCAGGCUUGGAUGAUAUUGAUGGCGAAGAGCGUCGAGCAGAGUUGAUUGCCCGACGCGAAGACAUCGAAGAGGAACGUCUCGAAAGAAAGCUCAAGGCUGACAAGGAGGCUCGAAAGCGUCAAGCUCUUGAGCAACUUCGUGCCAGCAGACGCUAGUGAACGCAUCAAAUACCCUGCCUGAUGGCAAUGUCCAAACCUUGACGGCUUUGGUUACUAUCGCCGAUGCUUCGAAGGCUGGACAUGUCAUAGCCUCUUAUACCUAUUCAGGUGCUGUUCAAACCAUUCACGUCACCCCCCUUUUACUAAAACCUUUUUCACAUGUACGUGAGCAACGGACAAGGAGUUGGUUAGCACAGGGUGUUUUACGAACUUGACUUCUUGUCUCACCUUUCCAUUCGCAUCCUUUUCUUACACUUUACUUCGACUGCUUGUCUUUUGGGUUUUUGUUUCGGGCUACAUUAGCGACGGAGUUUUCGUCUUGCCUCUCCCCUUUUCUUUGUUUUGUCGCUUUCAGGGAGUGGUUACAUGCAUGGUUUUGGUUGUGGUUGGCGAUUAGGACUGCCGAAAAAGUCUGUUGGUACUUCUCUUUCUGGUCAAGUUGAUAACUGUAGAUAUGCAUGGAUACACGCGGGCAACGCUUCAGAAUGAUAUCGUUGUCUGCAAGUAAUUUUAGAAUCUUACGAGUU